CUAGUUAACCACAAGCGGACAUGACUAAGCCCGUCCGGUUUAGGCAUAGGCUAAACCCGAAGAGGCGACGCGCCAGGCGGCGCCCCCUUUGCAGACUAGCGCGCGACAUCAUCUCGAUCUGCCGGCUUUGCUCAAGGCCCGACCACCGCAGGAGCAUCGCAUCGCAUACCAACUCCUCCCAGCCAUGACCAGUUUCGGCUGAUCCCUUCUCACUCAACCGCUCAUCCCCCCCCUCCCCCCUACGCUAUACCUGAUCGACUCGCCGACGGUGUGCGCCUCCCGUCACAAUGACCGAUUAUUCGAAAUUGAAGGUGACCGACCUCAAGGCGGAACUGAAGCGGCGCGGCAUCGCGCAGACCGGGCUCCGCGUCAAACAACAAUUUAUUGACCGGCUGAUCGAGGAGGAUGCUCGCGAAGGACAGGACGCGGUCGCGGAUGGAGAGCCAGCACCUGAAGAAGAUGCUGCGCCAGAGGAAGCCCAGCCCGUCGAGUCGGAGCCGCCCAUGCCAGAGCCAGAGCCAGAGCCAGAGCCGACCGCAGUUGCAGCUGCCGAACCAGAGGCCCUCGAGCCUGAAGUGAAAGAGAAGGAGCCAGAACAGACAACACAGGAACCCGAACCCCAACCCGAACCGAGCGACGCUGUGAACGAGACCCAACCUCAGCAGACAACCGAGGAAGAAGCUCCCAACGGUGAAAUGGCUGCCGAAGAACAGGCCAAGCAAGACCAUGCCGAAGAGCCUCCCGCGGAAUCGCCGAAGCCAGAGGAAACAACACAGCCGACUGAGGUGACGAUGGUCGAUCAACCCACCGAUACCUCUGUCGCGCAAGACGAGAACAAGACUGAGACAGCUGCGCCGGUUGAGCAGGCUCCUGGAGAGGCAGAGCAGUCCGUGUCUGUUGAUCAAAAUGGCGUCGAGCCGCCCGCAGCCAACGAAACACCUGCACCCCCCGCUGUCACCUCUGAGAUGAACACGGCAUUUUCCACACCUCUCCCCACCGAGGAAGUGAUGGAGGACAGGCGGAAGCGCAAGCGUCGCAGUCAGAGCCCGGUGCCCACCCCGGAAGCGCUGGCCAACAAGAGAGCCAAGGCGCAAGAAGAGCCCCCCAGGGUUGUUUUGCCCGAGGACCAGGACGCGAUGGACACGGAACGCGAAUCUCGACAGAACAGCGCUGCCCCCGGCCCACAAGAAGCCGCCGAGGAACACGCGGGGCCUGAUGCCGCGCCUGGCCAGGACGCCCCGCCCAUCCAAGGUGAAACACCCACCAAGAAGGACGCUCCCCCGAAACACGAUGUCCGUUUCAAGGGUCUCUUUUCAGCCAAAGAGACGGAGCAGAACCGUCCUGCAUCCCCGCCGCCAGAUGUGGUGAUGGAAGAUGCUGACGUCGAGCCGGCCCUGCAUGUCGCCACCCCGGCUCUUUACGUCGGUGGCUUGAUGCGCCCGCUGCAGCCCGUCGCGCUGAGGAAUCACCUGGUCAGUCUGGCGGCGUCUCCGGGCGCAUCGCCCAACCCGGAUGCGAUCGUGGACUUCUACUUGGACCCCAUCAAGACGCAUUGCUUUGUCAGUUUCACGAGCGUUUCUGCGGCGUCUCGCGUCCGCACUGCACUCCAUGGGACGGUCUGGCCCAACGAACGCAACCGCAAGACCCUGUUUGUGGACUUCAUCCCGGAGGACCGACUGCCGCAGUGGAUCGAAAGGGAAGAGGGCUCUCGGCAGCGCGGAGCCCCUCCGCUCCGCUGGGAGGUCCGAUACGAGCUGACGGAGGAUGGUGUCGAGGCGGUUCUGGAUGAGGUCGACCCUCGAAGCGCUGGAUCUCAUCAACCCGCGCGCGGGCCUGAGCCCAGCGGGUUCUCUCGUCCGCCGCCCACCGGACCGCGGGCAGAGGCUGGCGGACAUGCUCGCCGUCCCAGCGACGCCGUGCCCGCCGACUCCGGCUCGCAACCCGGGCAAGGAUUCAAGCCGCUGGACGAGCUGUUCAUGUCUACGACCGCCAAGCCCAAGCUCUACUAUCUCCCCGUCCCGCGCGAAGUGGCCGACCGGCGUCUCGAUCGCUUCGACGAUCUCCUACGGAAGGGAGAAUUCCCACGGCGAGGAGGCGACGAGAUGCGACGCAUCACCUUUGAGGACGAGGAUUACUUUGUGGACAACGGCCCGGAAUUCGGCGGGGGUCGCGGACGAGGCGGAGGCCGGGGAGGUCGCGGAGGGGGAGGACGAGGUCGCGGACGGGGAGGGUUUGGCGGCGACUCGUGGCGGAAUGACCGUCGUGGUCGGUAUUGAGUUGGCUGACGCUGACCCUUGGGGGAAGUACCCUCGCUGUAUUGUUGUCAUUUCAAUUUCCUGUAUAGUAGGGCCAAGAGUCUAGGAGGCCUUGGGGGGAAAAACACGGGAUUCGAUGUAAAUUAGGGAUGACAAUCAUGUUCAUGGAUACACUGGGAUGCUAUACCGGGAAUGAACAGGAAUAAUCGGAAUUAUGCAUGAUGUGAUGCCGUAAUUGCGGUCAUGCCUUAACGGCCAAAACGUGGCUGCCUUGCCUUGGCGGUCUCGUCGUCGUCGUCCUCACUACUAGUACUUAGACACGCCGUACGUACCACUCACUCCCAAGUCCUUAGCUUCCUCU